CGGUCCAGUUGGCGGCGGCAAAACACCCCUUUGGGUUGUAGUCAGCCAAAAAAAAACACAGAAGAAGGAAGGCAACAGAUAUUUGUGAAGGGGUUUUCCAUCGACAUAUACUUUUAAAACGGGGAUAUAGCUUAAGAAAACGGUUGUAGUUUAAUUAGCAAGAUGUAUAGACCUAAUUUGAUGUUUUUUGUUUUAUAUUUUUCACUAGAAUGUAUUUGCCGGAGCCAAAGCGACAUCUACUCCCUGAAUUACAUCUACACUUCACUCUCAAAGCCACUAGAAUUGCCUGGAAUCCAUGAGUUCACUGCCAUGGGUCUGAUGAAUGACAAACAGAUUGAUUACUAUGACAGUGUGGCAAAGAAGAAGAUUCCCAAACAGGCCUGGAUGAGGGAGAAGCUGCCAGCAGACUACUGGGAUAAAGGCACUCAGUCACGCGAGAGCAAGGAGCAGUGGUUCAAAGUUAAUGUCGAUAUCUUGAUAGUGCAGAUGCACAACAACACUGAUGUGCAUAUCCUUCAGUGGAAACAUGGCUGUGAGAUUGACCAACAGAGUGACGGCACAUUGAAAUUCAUAAAGGGCACAGACCAGUACAGCUACGAUGGUGACGACUUCCUGGCCUUUGAUGAUGCCAAUAUGCAGUGGGUGGCCGCAGUUGUUCAAGCUCAGCCGACUAAGAGGAAGUGGGACGGGGUCCAGAUCCUCAACCAGUACACCAAGGGCUACCUGGAGAAGGAGUGUGUGGACUGGCUUUCCAAAUUCAUGAAAUAUGAGGACAAAGAAUUCAGUAGGGCUGAUUCCUCUCCAAGGGUCUAUGUAUUUGCUAAAAAGGCCAAAACUGCAGGACAUGUCCGACUGACCUGCAUGGCCACAGGUUUCUAUCCCAAAGAUGUGAUUAUGCAAAUUAAGAAGAAUGGUGUUCCAUUGACCGAACGUGAUGGAGUGCAGUCUACAGGAGUCCUACCCAAUGAUGAUGACACCUACCAGAUCAGGAUGAGUGUGCAGAUCCCAGAGGCAGAUAAGGAAACUUAUGAAUGUUAUGUCGACCAUAGAACUUUGAAGAAGCCAAUUGUGGUAAAAUGGGGUAAAGUAUGGCUAAUUUGGUUUAGUGUUGUUAUUGAUGGUUAAUAUGGUUUAGUGUUAUUGACACAGGAAACAAUCUUAAUUUAUCCAUGCCGGCUCGGUCCUCCCCUCCCGCUCCGUGGCUCGACGACUCAUUGCGAGCUCACAGAACAGGGCUCCGGGCAGCCGAGCGGAAAUGGAGGAAAACUCGCCUCCCUGCGGACCUGGCAUCCUUUCACUCCCUCCUUUCUACAUUUUCCUCUUCUGUCUCUGCUGCUAAAGCCACUUUCUACCACUCUAAAUUCCAAGCAUCUGCCUCUAACCCUAGGAAGCUCUUUGCCACCUUCUCCUCCCUCCUGAAUCCUCCU